AUGGAAGGUAAAGAUUUUCUCUUGUUAAUAGUUAAAAGAGUAACAGAAAUUGUUGUAAAAGAGAAGGCCUUGACUAUGCUACGUAUGUUAAUGCCAAGAACAUUUAGCCCAUUCUUGCCCGGAGCAAGCGAAAUGUGA